AUGGAACAAAAUCCUUUGAAAUCACAUGCAAAAUUAAGCAGUGAAAACAUUCAAAAUGAUACUACAUCAAUUAUUAGAGGGAAACCUAAAUCUGGUAGAAUAUGGAAAACUCAAAAGGAAAGGUUUGCUGCUGUAAAGAAUCCCAUUCGGCGUAACAAGACCCAUCUGCAGAUGGCCUAUAGAGAGGAAAUAAAGCAGAUCAAACAACUAUCUCAAUCGAUCAAAGAAAGUAAACGUCGAGAAAACGAAGAAAAACGCUUGAGGAGGGAAGAAAACAAACGUAUAAAAUUGGAAAAUGAGCGGAAAUCGGAAAUCGUGCAAAUCAUUAACAAUCCUAUGAAACUUAAACGUCUGCGCAAGAAACAUUUACGUAAGAUAGAAAAACGAGACUUGGGAAAUUUAAAUGUGGUUUAAAAA